UCACAACAGCAAAAAAAAAAAAAGAUAACAAAAAACUAUUUUCACUUUGAUGCCAAUAAACGCGAAAACAAACACAACAAAAAAAUAUUAUUCACGUUUUAUAAAUUCACUUGCGCGAGCCGUGGCCCUCUUAAUAUCUAAUUGAAAUUCAUAGUGAAUACAACUCAAAACAAGAAAAAGACAAAAAAAAAAACUGCAUAUAGAAGACAAAGGAAAUUACUAGAAAGUGAUUUCAAAAGUUCAGUGAUAAAAAAAAUAAAAUUAUAAUAAAAGUGCGAAAUUAAGUGAAUUUUAUAACAAAAAGUAAAUUUAUUUAAAAAAAAGGCCCGCAGCGCCUGAAAUUUUUGCAGAUGAUGACAGAUUCAUUGAGAAAAAUUGCUCAAAGUAGGAAAUUUUAUAGUGCCGUUGGAAUUUUGACAGGUUGCAGCCUAGUGCUUUACGAGAAGCACAAAAUCAAUCAAUUUCUCUCGAAACUAGUUAAUCCCAGUGUGCUCGAUGUCGAGAAAAAACGCCCUGACUACAUUUACAUUAAAUAUCACAUCUAUCGUGAGUCCAUGAGGAAACUACAACGCAAGCAGGAACAAGAUAAAAAUUGGAUCAAUGUUAUAAUCAAUCCUGUUGGCAAAUGGUGGAAAUCAUUCAAACACUCUGUUGCAUGGCGUCUCCUUAACAUUGCCCAAAAUGGCAACCAACAUGAACGUCUAAAGGCCAUUCAACAGCUAUCAAGCAUUGAUCAUUUAAAAGAUUGGGACUUUCGUCAUUUGGCACAAAUUUGUGAUGCUCGAACUGCAAUUUCUCUAGCUCGAUCUGGUUGUGAUACCAGAUGGUUCCUACCAGUUCAUAUGGCUGGAGUUAUUAAGAAUCCCAAAUAUGCUUUAGCUGAUUUACACAAAAUGCUUGAAGAUCUUCAACCACAUGAAUGUGUUAAGCAUUUCUUGAAGAAAUACUUUCCAGCUACUGAUCCUCAUGGUGAUGAUAUUGAUGAAUUCAUACAACCAGGCAAUUCUCUAUCAGUUCAAGAUACUGAUUUACUGAAAGAAGUUAUUGCUUUUCUUCAUCAUAUCACAAAAGAUGAAGAAAUCUGCAUGAAAUUGAUUAAAGAAGGUGGUUUAAUGCACCUGAUGGAGUUGAAAAAGAUCUUUGCCAAAGAUAGUGAAACUCUAUCGACACUAUGCAAAGUUUUGGCUAAUAUGUCAAUGUCUGAAGAAUCAGUACAAGAUUUCUUUGCAUCUGGUUGGAUUGGUGUCCUUGCUGAAUGGCAAAGAGGUCAUGAUAUUCGCUUGCAAGUUACAGCAGCUAAAUGUUUGGCUAAUCUAGAUCAUGACGAUCCAAAUUAUACACAAUAUCCACCAAAUGUUUAUCCUUUGCAUCCUUUGAUGAGGACAAGGACUAAACCAAAAGCUGAUGUUGUCUUUAUUCAUGGUCUUUUGGGUGGUGUAUUUAUUACAUGGCGCCAAAAGGAUCGUGUUCCAACGGAACUUGGUCUCUAUGGAAAAAAUGCAUUCUAUACAAAUGAAGUUGAUGAUGUAUUCUUAAUUGGAGAAGCCAAAAGAAUGUUGAAUGGCAAAAAUGGUAUCAAGAAGAAUGAAAAAGCUAAGAAAGUUCCAGUGGAACCAGUUGUUGGUCAAUUAAUGAGUCAGACCAAACAUACAGAUAAAGAGUUGGAAAUAAGUGAUGAAGCUACAAAAGAGCUGGUAGAAACUUUAAGAAGUGAAGCUGAAUUAAGUCCAGAUUGGGAAGUUGUUCAUCCAGACAUUCCAUUAAAAGCAAAUGAAGGCUGCCAGGGGGAAUUUAGUGUCAAUGGGAGUGAAUGGAUUAAGCAGGAUAGUGAAGAAUAUACAAAUUGCUGGCCGAUGGAAUGGUUGCCUGAGGAUCAUCCCAAUAUGAGAAUCCUUGGUAUAGACUACACAUCGGCCGUUAGUGAAUGGUCAGCAAACUUUACAAAAUACUGUCCCUGUGAGAAAGGUCAAGGGCAUUUCGAUGUAAGAGCCACAUCUCUCCUUGAACGUAUUUCUCGAUCAGAUGUUGGAAAAGAUCGUCCAAUAAUUUGGAUUGGUCAUUCCAUGGGUGGAAUACUAACUAAAAUCAUGUUGAUGAAGGCUCUUGAUAACCCAGAUCCCCAAGUGAGACAAAUUGCAGAUAGUACACGAGGCAUUGUAUUUCUGGGAACUCCACAUAAAGGUUCUCCCAUUGCUAAAUGGAAGCAACAUAUGCAAGUAAUUCUUUCCCCAUCAAUUGAAGUUAAAGAAAUGGAAGAGAAUGCUCCAAAGCUCCUCGAACUUCAUAAUCGCUUCAUGCAUUGUUUAAAGACUUGCUUCCGACAUGUAAACAUCGUGAGCAUUGCCGAAGGAACACCAACAAUGUUGACUUCAUUUAAAUUCCCCCUGCGUAUUGUUACAGAAGAAUCAGCACGGAUAGAUCAUGGAGAUUUUUACAUUCUCAAAGAUGAUCAUUUGAGUUUGAGUAAACCAAUAUUCCGUCAAUCAUUUCUUUAUCAGAGGCUAUUACGAGUGAUUGAAGAAUCGAUUGAAAUUGAACCAAGUCAAGUACAAGAAGAAAAAGAAGUAGUACCAGUGAAGCAGGGUUAUACAACACCUGCUGUGCAGAGUGUUAGUUCUAGCCUUUGGUCGAUUAUUCCAACAUUUUUUGUCAGAUAUACCGCCUAAAGGUGGAAUUUGAAUUGUAUUCCUGCAAGACACUAAAAUUUGCUACUUGUGCCUGCCUGCACUCUAAACCUACGCCUAUGAGAGACUGUUAAUAAUUUUUUUAUUAUGAAAAAUAUUUUUGUUUUGUAUUUCUUUUUGUACCUAAAACUCACAAACAACCUUGAAUGUAUUAUUUGUAAAUUUAGUA